AUGUCUACACCACCUCCUGCGAAACGUCCUAGAACUAUUAACUCAGGCCCGUUAUCACCUUCGAGGUCGACUGAAGGAUCUGUACCUGCUCAGAUUUCUAGCAAGCCUUCGACUACUUUUAACACUAUACCCCCACCAACAUCCUCUAUCCUGAACCCACGUAAAAGAGCAGCUUCUCGAAGUCCAGCAGCCGAGCCAAAGCCCCUCAAUGUAAAACCACCGCCAACUACGUCAACAGCUGAACGAGAGGCUUCUACAAGCUUGUCAAUUCCAGCAUUGCUAUCUGAAGAUAGUGGAAAGAAACGUGGUACCAGGACCAAUACACCUUGGACAGCAGUAGAGGAGCAGAGACUGAAACACAUGCGCGAUGCUGGCAAUACAUGGAGCGAGAUAGCUAAGCAAUUUCCAAAUCGAACUGAGGGAAGCGUCAAGAAGCAUUGGUACAAGGACAUGCACUACGCAGAGUUUGCUGAGGAUGAGACCAAAGCACUAUUGGACGCGAUCAAGGAAUACGAGGCAAAUAAAUGGAAAGUAAUAGGUGCGAAACUAGGUAAACCAGCCAAGGCUUGCGAGCAGUUUGCGAAGGAUCAUUUCAAGACCCCCUAA